AUGCCGGCAACACAGCAAAAGGCCCCUAAAGAGAAGGUUAGAAAACUGGGCAAAUGUCCCCUCUGUGGUAAAUAUAUCAAGCGAGGUUUUACCGUCCACAUGAAGGGCCAUCAGGACUACAACAACUGGGACUACAACUGCAAGUUCAAAGUGCUUGGCCAGUGCAAAACCUACAAGAAUACCCUCAGCAGCCCCGCCCAUUGCUUGUUCCACAUGUUUACCCAACACUUCAAGUUUGACGACUACAAAGUGCCGAGAUCGCCCAACAUUGACGACUUACUAAAGCAUACUGGCGAAUGUGGGUGUGGCUACAACGACGUGGCAAAGGACUGGCUCUACGAGCACGUGUUGACGGACGAGUGCCCCUUGACCCAGCCGGGGGCAAAGGCACCGCCGCCGACUCAGUUUAAGUGUUCUGUGUGUGACCGAACCUUCUAUCGGAGCAAAGACUGGUAUAAGCACUUUGCCGCCCAUCGCGGCAGCUGGGACUUGAACUGUAAGUUCCGACACCUUGGCAAGUGUGGUCUCUACCACGGCCCUUCCAAAAUCGCCCACGUUUGCAUCGAACACAUGCUCAAUGCUCAUUUCGUGUUUGACACGAUCGAGAAGCCGUCUCAACAAUUGUUUUCCCUGUUAUUGGGGGAAACUGGCAGGUGUAAAUGUGGCUACCACGGUGUGGCCAAGACGUGGGUGGAUGAACACGUAUUGGGAGACGAGUGUCCUUUGAUUAGGGAACUGCUAGCGUCUGAAGCUGGACAGGAAGAUGCAGCUGAUAAUGUAGGUGAAGCCGAAAGAGAAGCUGAAGCUGAAAACGAAGAUCAAGCUGAAAACGAAGAUCAAGCUGAAAACGAAGAUGACGCUGAAAUGGAAGAUGACGCUGAAAUGGAAGAUGACGCUGAAAGAGAACCUGAAAAUGAAAAGGAACCGGAAGCUGAACAGGAACCUGAAAAGGAACCUGAAAUCAAAAUGGAAGAUGAAGCUGAAAUGGAAGUUGAAGCUGAGGAAGAACCUGAGGCUGAGGAAGAACCUGAAGCUGGAGAAGAACCUGAAGCUGAAAGAGAACCUGAAAUUAAGGAAGAAGAUGAUGAUGAAAUGGAAUUUGAUGCUGAAAUGGAAUAUGAAGCUGAAGAAAGAGAUGAAGCUGAAACUGAAGAAAGAGAUGAAGCUGAAAAAGAACCUGAAGUUAAAAUAGAAGAUGAAGCUUAA